AUGGUCGGAACGCUUCUCCUAGCCCUGUUCUGGUCGGCGGCCGUCGCGGAGACUCCCCAGCGGCUCUCGCCGGUGCAACAAACGAAUCGAGUGGCCGAAAGUCGUGACUACUAUCACUGGCGACAGGAGGUGAAGCGACAGCAGUACAAUUACCGACACGAACAAAACCAUCACGGUCGUCACGUGGGCGAACAGAGCCUACGAACUGAUAACAUUCGCUAUCUCACGAGCAACGAGUUGCCCAUCUCUGUGCAUCGAGACCGAUACCACGCUUGGGAGCGGUAUCGCGACCAGUGCCGGUGCAACGAAUUGGGAUCUCUGGGGAACCGGUGCGAUCCAGUCACCGGUCAGUGUCCUUGCAAGCCGCAUGUCGGAGGGACUUCAUGUGACAAAUGCAAUAGGGGGUAUUGGAACUUGGGAUCGCGGAACGGGUGCCAGAAGUGCGACUGCGACCCCCGGGGAACCGCAGGAGGCGCUUGCGACCCGGAAACCGGGCGCUGCAUCUGCAACGAGGGGGUCGGGGGAGAGCGGUGCGACGAAUGCCUCCCCGGAUACUUCGGCUUCUCGCCGCGAGGAUGUCGCAAGUGCGAGCCUUGUGAUGCGCCGGGGCAUUUCUGCGACCCCGACACCGGGAGGUGCGUCUGCCCUCCGUUCACGGAGGGACCUCAUUGUGAAAGAUGCGAGCCGGGGGCUUACAAUUACGACCCAGUCCGUGGCUGCGAGCCGUGUCGGUGCACUGGGGAAGGUGCGAUAAAGCAUCGAUGCAAUCCCCUGACGGGGCACUGCGAGUGCAUCCGAGGCUUCGCCGGGCCCAACUGCGAUCGCUGCGACGUGGGCUACUACAGCUACCCCGAUUGCUCGCACUGCGACUGCAAUCCACCCGGGACUCGGCCCGAGGCCUGCCUCGCGGACAACAUAUGCCAGUGCAACGAGAGAGGAGAGUGCCCUUGCAAAAAAAAUGUGGUCGGAAAGCAAUGCUGUGACUGUCGAGAGGGCAGUUUUGGGAUGGACAAGGACAAUCCAGACGGCUGCUCCGAAUGUCUCUGCUUCGGGAAGUCCAGCAGGUGCUCUCAAGCACCGUACACAUGGUCUCAGUAUGCAUACCCAAGGAUCCAAGAGGCAAUCUUGAACCGUGGAGAGGACGUACAGUUAAAUGCAACCAAUGGACUCCGUGUCAUCCCUAAUGAUGACGGUGACGUCCAGAUGAAAGUUUCCCACAUCUUCGAUACCCCCAUAUACUGGCAGCUGCCAGCACCUUACCUCAGAGACAAAGCAAGUUUCAACUUGCAUUUAAUCAUACAGUUGCAUGAAUCGGCGUGGAGGAGUCGAAACAAUCCUGGGGCACCUGUCACUCGGAAGAUGAUGAUGGUAGCCCUGCAAAAUUUGCAGCAUAUUCUCAUUCGUGGCACCACUGCCGCUGAUGUUUCCAGAGCCAGGCUGAGUGAUGUGAACCUGGAUGUCGCUGUUCCUGCAUUGGAUCCAUCCUUGAAAGAAGCAGUGGGAGUUGAACUUUGUGAGUGCCCUCCUGAGUAUAAUGGUACUUCAUGCCAAGAUCCUGCCAGAGGUUACUACAGAUGGAGAAAACCUAAAUACUUGGAGAGUCAAGAGAUUUUUGACCUUGUUGGGAUAUCUCGUAAGUGCGACUGCAAUGGCCAUGCAUUUGAGUGUGAUCCAGAGACUGGUGACUGCAUUAACUGUGGAGGGAAUACAGAAGGUUUACAUUGUGAUAAAUGUAAACCUGGAUACUAUGGAGAUCCAAGCAAAGGCCCUUGUAAGCCUUGUGCUUGCCCAUCUUUAGAAAGGAACUUUGCUGACACAUGUCGCUCCGACCCCUACGCUGGCUACGUUUGUAAUUGCAGAACAGGAUAUGCUGGUGAAAAGUGUGACAGGUGCGAUUAUGGAUUCUAUGGGGAUCCAUUGGGACCUGAUGGGAAAUGUCAUCCAUGCAAUUGCAAUCCAUAUGGGAGUGUGAGUCAACAGUGUGAUGUUCGUACUGGACAAUCUUGUGACAAUGAUUGUGAAGGAGUAUUGCUGAGGGAUCUAGAUCAGCUUGAAAUUCGUCUGCAGCAAGCCAACAUAACAGGGAUCAUUCCUGCCCCAUGGCGCCGCCUCAAUAAUAUCAAUAAUGAGACUAUCUACCUUAGAUACAGAUUGAACCUCAUGGGAGAACUGCAAGGAUUGCUCACUGGACAAAUUUUUCAGUCAGAGCUUUUCCCUACUGCUGAUGGCCUUAUGCAGAGGGCUGUGACAACUCUGCAAGAGGCUAAAAAUGCAAUUCAUGAAGGUGCUUCCACAGGAGAAGAUGCUCGAGUAGCACUCCUAGAAGUCAGGCGACUACAACAGUACAUACAUUCCAUUGUGGAAGGAUUGCAGAAUUAUGCCAUUGGACAGACACAAGACUCAUUCAGUCUGGAGAGAGCAUUGGCAGAGGCUGAGGCCAUUCUGAGAGAGCUGCAAGAUCGUAACUUUGGCCCUUGGUUUUCUGAAGCUGGCCGAGAACUGAGGACUACUCAGGAAUUCCUUACCUUCAUCAAGGAACUUUUCUUUGAUGUGGAUGCUAUCAGGAAGGCUCAAGAUGCUCUAGAUGACAUUAGUGCUAGGCUGAGAGACCUCAUGAAUUACUUGGAAAAAGUCAAGAAAGAGCUCCUCUCCGCUGAAACCAUGAACAGAGAACACCUAAAACUUUUGAAAAGCAUCCAGCAGAGCCUUAUUGACAUGAAUGGUCUCCAACUUCUUAUCACUGAAGUGAAUCAGAAUUCAACUGUCAUUCUAAGGCAGGCCACUAAACUUCUUGAUGAUGCAGAACUUCAGUACCAGGACCUUCAAGAGUUGUUUGAACAACUUUUGGAUGCAUAUGGUCGGUGUGAAAUUGAAGAAGCACUUUUGAGUCGUCUUCUCCCUGAGUAUGCAGAAAAAUAUGUCAGAAGAGCCAAGGAACAUGCUCAAUUACUCUGGCAACAAGCACAACACUUGAUGGAUCAGUUCACUGCAACUCAAGUAGUUGCACAAUAUGCUGUCCAAGCUGCUGAAGCAUACAAAAACAUUGUAAUGAGUCUAAAAGAGGCAAGAGAAGCUGCUGAAGAUGCCAAAAGAACUGCCCAGCAAGCAUAUGACAAAGCAUAUCCUGAUAAACAAGAAUCACCUGUGAGAGCUGCUGAAAGAUCAAGAGGUGAAUCUUCCUCCCUGCUGAGAAAAGCUCAAGACCUGAUUGCAAGGCUGGAGGCACUUAGGAAAGCAUUGCGAGAGGAAGAUGGGAGAAUAGAUUCAGUUGAGAAGACUCUGACACAAAUCAGAGUUCGGAUCCAACAGAUAUACAUUAAACUUCAAUCUCUAGAGGAUCUCAAAGAGAGAGGUCAAAAGGCACUGAAACUUGGCAAUGAUGCUCACUUCCUUGCAACAAAAGUGCUGGAUGAAGCCAUGAACAUCACCAUUUGGAUUGAGACUCACAUUCGGGUCAAAUUGGAGUCAUUACAGUCAACCCAACUUGCAAAUCUCAUCAGUAUUUCAAAGACAAUUGAGAAUAUUGAGAUGAAGAGAGAAGAAGGCACUCGGAAGUCAAAGCCCCUUUCUCAGCUUAAGAAGAAAAUCAUGAAACAGAGCGAGAAAGUCUCUGAUCUCAUCAAAAAACUUAAGCAGAAGAUUAAAAAAGCAAGACAAGUUGCAACUGAGAUCCCUGUGUCCAUUGAGCAUUCAAGGAGGAGUAGCACCUGCCAGAGGAUGUUCCUCAUACCAUCGUUGAAGAACUCCACUUCCACCUCCAUUGAGAUCUCGUUUGCUGCACAUAAAAUGGAGGACAGCCUACUUUUGUACAUUCCAGGAUUAAGUAAUGAAGAAUUUAUGGCACUUGAGAUGGUGGAUUGGCAAAUCCAUUUCCACUGGAACCUUGGAGGUGAGACAGGAACUAUCAGGCAUCCAACAAAUAUCACUGCUAAUCCUGACUACAGAAUUGGUGAAAAGGGAUGGUAUCACAUCUUAGCAGAAAGGAUUGGUAACAUAGGGAAGCUGACUGUUGAGUCAUCGAAAGAUACUAGAAGGAGGAGUGGUAUUCUGGAAGGAAGGUCAGGGGGAGAAGGAUAUACAGUAUUCAAUGUUCCAUUGAAUCCAGUCAUAUAUGUUGGAGGUAAACCAGGGACACCAAACUCAGCAAUUCGCUCCAAUAAGUUCUUUGGAUGCCUCCAUUCUCUCAUCAUCAACAAUGAAAAGAUUGGCCUCUGGAAUUUUUUUACAUCUAAGGAGACAAUUGAGGACAAUAGCCACCCAUAUCAAUGUAAUGCUUGUCUGGAAGGGCCUACUGGUGUAGCAGCUAGCAGCUACCACUUCAAUGGCGAAGCCUACUCUGAACUCAGCCCUGUCAGAAUUCAAAAACCUUACUUUGGAGUAGUCUUGGAUUUCCGUACUUUUGAAGCGGCAGCCCUCCUUUUUCUAAGUGUCAAUGAUGCAGCUGAUGAAUCUGUAAUGCUGGGACUCCAAGAAGGUAAAGUGGUAUUCCAAGUGACCCGCAACCACACAGUCUUGAAGAUCACCUCACAGUAUCAUUAUAAUAAUGGUGAAUGGGUCAAGGUGGAGGCAUUAAGUGAUGGAGAAAGAGGGAAAUUGAAAGUUGGAAUGGAAGACCUCACAAGGCAUAGUAGCCCUUCAAGUAGCAGGCCCCUUGAUUUUGAGAAUCACAUGUUGUACCUGGGAGGAGUGCCUCCUGACUUCCAGUUUCAAGAACUCUACCAGACUCUCAUGCUGAAAGGUCUUCGUGGUUGUCUGAAAGACAUAUCUGUGGCUGAUCUGAAGCAGAAUCCUCUGCAAGGGAAUUACUAUGGUAUCAAGAGGAAAUGCGAGCACCCAGUUGAAAAAGAAGUGAAGAUGGAUGGAAGGGGCCAUUUCAACAUGAUAGUGGAACCUCUCAAGAGUGAAGGAAGCUUUGGAUUUAUCUUCCAAACUGGGGCUCCUCAGAGUCUUCUUCUCUUCUCAGUUGAGGAUGCACCAAAGAGAGGCAGACAGUCAAGAGGCUACCAAUCCGUCUCCUUAGUUGAUGGAAAAUUGAAGGUCAAAAUGGAAUCAGGUGGAAGUGUUGCUCAGGUCUCUUCUGGACAGAUGUGCAAUGACAACAUGACUCAUUCAGUUUAUGUCAAGAGGAGGAGUAAAGAGGUUAAUGUGUACCUGGAUGAAAAGCUCAUAGGCAGAGACACUCUUGGCAAUGGAAAUGGGAUGUCCUCUUCCACUCUAUAUGUGGGGGGUGCCCCUCACAAUGUUGCUGUUGGCAGGGUUGAUGCAGGCAACAACUUUGUAGGUUGCAUCAGAGAUAUCCUCUUCAACCACCAGUUGGUGAACUUGGCCAAUGCUUCCUCCUCAGGGGAUGUGAAGUUUGGUCGCUGUGAACAAGAGAGCUUCACAGAUAUUCCUUGGGUUGCUCUAGGGGAUUCCUAUGUCAGCCAGCCAGAGGCCUUGCAGGCAUGUGCUCCCUCGUUGCGAUACACAGUUGAUGAAAAAGCCGUCAGUAUUGGAGACACACCAGACAGCCAGAUCAAGUUAUCACUUCAUAAAAAGGACCUACGGAAUGACUUCACCAUCUCCAUCUCUUUCCGAACCUAUCAACCUGAUGGCAUGAUUUUAUUUGCACAUAAAACACGGAAGGAGAAGUCAAAUGCCUUUGCUAUCUAUAUUGAAGACAAGAAGUUAAAGGCAAUAAUCCAUCACAAGAAGCUCUUUGAAGUCAGCUUGCCAGAGAAUGUCAAUGAUGGACAUUGGAAGGAGGUAGUUGUUUCCAAGGUUGGGUCCCAAAUGACAUUGAAACUGGGAAACAUAUCCAAAUCCAUCAAAGCUCCAAAGAAGAUCAAUUUGAGGCCAGUGCUUUAUGUUGGAAGACUUCCAUCUGAUGUAAAACAUAUUGAAAAGCGGGUGAGUCAAGAACCCUUCCGUGGUUGUCUCAGAAUGCUAUUGGUCAAGGGCAGAACUGUGGAUCUAGCAGGCUCUCAGAAUUCCAAGACCAGAGUUUGUUUCUCUCAUAUUGAGAGAGGGGCCUAUUUUCCUGGAGACUCUUAUGCAGUUGCUGGUGAGAAAUCGAUGAAAGACAACAUUGAUCUGAAGUUUGAGUUCAGGACUUCAGAGUUGAACUCUGAUUUAGUGACACUGGCUGUUAAUGAUGGGAGAGAAGGAUUUGCUCUGUACUUGUUCAAUGGCUCUAUGUACCUAUUGGUGAAGUUGCCUAAUGGAGAAAAAUUUCAUGUGAGACAAGUUCUCAGGACACCAUGGGACAUAUGUAAUAAUCGGUGGCAUCAAGUAGAGGCAAGAAUUCAACCAUUAGCAGUGAGACCCUCCAUUUGGCUGAAAGUUGAUGAUCUAGAACCUGCAAGUGCUGAUUCAGCCCAUUCUACCACUAUGCGUCAAGUACCACCUGCACCCAUCUACAUUGGAGGAGUUUCAGACAAUGCUCCUGGUGUGGGAGAAGCACAAGGCAAUUUCAAAGGUUGUAUGCGGAACAUUUUCAUCAAUGGUGAGAGCAAGCUGUGGCUAGGGAUGACAAAACUGCAUAAUAUUCUAUUGGACUCCUGUCCAAUACAGACAUAGAAAAAUUCCCAAGAGAUACGCUUACGUCUCAUGUGCAAUGAAGUGCCCUUCGGAGUUAUACUGGUUCAGGUUGCAGAGAUGAUGUAUGCACUGGAGUGGGAUUGAAGAGUAUUUUCUGCAUGUUCACUUCCCCAUGGAGAAGUUUCAUAAAGAUGAAAGACUCAUCAGAGGGUGACCUGGGACCACUACAGUGAUGGAUUGGGACAUCUCCAUCCAAGCAUGAUGAUUGGUCAGAUUUCCCCAUUUGUGUGUGCACUUGCAUCAGGAAGUGUCUGCUGACUGCUGCAUGCCUUAAUCUCCACUACUCAUGUGAUAGAACAGCAAAGCCUCUGAGUCACAAGAGGUUAUCACACUGCCUGAAGACUCGAUGUUUUAUGCCAGAAUGUUGUCGUGAUUUCUCAAUUGUCAGCAAUCGUUUAAUGUUAUCCUACUCAACAAAGUGACUCGAUGUCCACUGCAUUUGGAAAUGAUCCACACUCUGGUAUCAUGAUGUCCUUGAUUGUGGCAGCUAUGUAUUCCCUCAUGUGAUUAACAAUGUGCCUUUUACUGCAUAUUUUAUUCCUUCAUUUUUGUACAUAUUGGGUCACAUGAAGUUGAUUAUAGUAGGUAUGGUCUUGCCUGUCUAGCAUCAUGAACCUGAGAAGUAAUCCAUAGCUGUUUACUGGUCGAUUCUUCAUAGGCAGUUGUUACAGUAUGAGAAAUGAGAAAAUGUUUCCAUCCAUGAGAUCCUCAUCUAUAAUCCAAAUGCAUUCUCUUUCACAAAAUAUCCAGUUUACUUGUCAAGUUUUCCCUUUCAAAUGAUUUUUAUUCACUUGUCUUCAUAAAUGUUCUGUGGCAUUGAGAUGAAAAUGAAGUCUGGUGGAUGCCGCUUUAAUACAAAGCAGGCAGCUUCACAUAUGCGCCCAUGUUGGUUCCUGCAGCAUCCAAACCAAGCUUGUGUUGCUCAUACCAGCAUGUCCAGAUGUGUGCAGGGAAUUGUGUCACUUUUCGCUGCCCAAGUCGACAAUGCCCUUUCGAAAGCGUCAAGAUUCAAGACAGUUAUAGACAUCAAGUCUGAAAUGUCAUCUUCAGUAUGCAUAUCACUUCCACGCUUCAGGAAAAUCACAACACGAUAUUCCGUAUUAGAGGGAUAUAAUAUUCCCUUCCAAAAAAAAAAACUGAGUGCU